CUCCAAUUCUGCGCGGUGCAGGACGGACGUCAUUAGUUAAACACUAAUUGAACUCGGACCACGCGACCAUCUUAGGAUCCGUAACCUAUGUUACUUCCUGACACAUCGAAUCGGAUACCAUGACUACAUCAACGCUCGAAGCGGACGGACCGUCUGCCUUUGAGCAUGCUCCGGCCGUUUCCCGGACUCAAUGGUGGUGCUCUUUAGAUGGGGGAUGGUACUCAACAGAGCAUUCGAAGGAUAAGCCUCAAGCGCCAAAAGUUACUCGCUUCCUUGUGAAGGACUCGUUCGGCAGGAAAGGCGGCUCGUAGCUCUACCACUGAGGAUCGAAGUUCUCUUAACAAGGGUCUGGCUCUUUGUGACACUUGAUGAUCUUUGACCGAAGUCCUACAUCCCAUCCAUCUUAGAUGUACGACGAGGUAGGACAAGGUGGGUAGGAAUGUUCGAGGCAUAUACGUUUGUCUGCCCAUGCCCCUGGAAGGCUCUCUACCCUCUGAAUGCCAUAUAGCGUCAGACAUGGAGUAAGUUGCACGGAUAUUAAUCUCAGGGAAGGUCA